AUGUUGGGAAACAAAUUUGUCGCCCAGCUGGCGUUACAGCAACUGAAGAAUCGAGGACUUCUUACUUCAGCUCCUCGUCUCACUUCUGUCAGACAUCGCUUCGCAUGGGGAUCGGAUGCUGUCGGACCAAAUGUUCCAGUUGGAGGAAAGAUGGGAGCAUCUGAGAAUCCAGAGCUUCAUACCUACGAUGGAGAUUACCGCGGAACCAUUUCAAAGGGUGAUAAGCCAAUCCCAGACUACUUCUACCGUACACCAACCACUGGUAGAACAUACAUCGAUCGAUGUGUGACCUACUUCAUCUCUGCCGUCAUCUGGGCAUGGUUUUCCUACCACAUGUACUACCAUUCUGGACAUCUUCUCGGUCAUUGGUACAUGCCAUACCUUACCGAAUUCAGUGACGAGGAGCUCGGCAUUCCAAAAGAUUCUGCAGAGGAUCCAGAAUACUGGGGAAAUCACAAGAAGGAGUACGGAACCUACCGAUAA